AAUCAUGUGCUCUUCUUUAAUUUGCCUGAAUACAAAAUAUAAGUUAUCCUGUCUCGCAAAUCUGUUUCCUUUUAACAUUUUUCAGGCCCUGAUUUGCUUUCCAAGUUACUGAAGAAACAACAUCAUGGAGAGAAGAUUAUCAUCUUUAAAAAUCCAACCACCAACAUAUGGAAAUCUGAUCACUAUACUCAGUAUUGAUGGAGGGGGAGUAAGAGGAAUCAUUCCUGGAGUUAUUCUUGCUAAACUCGAAUCCGAACUUCAGAAUAUCGAUGGUGAGGAUGCUAGGCUUGCAGAUUAUUUCGACGUGAUCGCGGGAACUAGCACCGGUGGUCUCAUAACAACCAUGGUAGCUGCCCCAAAUGAAAAUGACCGUCCCCUAUAUGCUGCCAAAGAUAUAGUGCCUUUUUACCUUGAAAACAGCCCUAAAAUUUUUCCACAGAUGAGUGGGGUGCUGGGUUGGGCUGCAAAGCUAUUAAAAGUUCUAACAGGACCAAGGUACGACGGGAAGUAUCUUCGCAAGCUAAUAAGAGGCAUCUUGGGGACGACAAAACUGCAUCAAACCUUGACCAGUGUGGCUAUCCCUACUUUUGACAUCACGAAACUCCAGCCUACAAUCUUUUCCACUUAUCAGAUUCCUAUCAAUCCAGACAUGGACGCUCCCUUAGCAGACAUCUGCAUAGGCACGUCUGCAGCACCAACUUAUUUCCCUCCUUAUUAUUUCAAGAACAACAAAGAAGAAUUCAACCUUAUCGACGGAGGCAUUGCAGCGAACAAUCCCACAUUGGUUGCCAUCCGAGAAGUGACCAAACAGAUAAUGAAGGAGAAUCCUAAUUUUUCCGAUAUGGAUCCCUUGGACUAUACACGCUUCCUUGUGAUCUCAUUAGGGGGAGGCUCGAACAGACUUGAAAAGAAAUACAGCGCCAAGGAAGCCUCCAAAUGGGGUGUAAUAUGUUGGUUAUUUGAAAACAAUCACACUCCAAUAAUAGAUUGUUAUAGCGAAGCAAGCAAGGAUAUGGUUGACUACCAUAACUCUGUGGUUUUCGAAGCCCUCCAUUCGGAGGACAAGUAUCUCCGGAUCGAUGAUGACACGCUACGUGGUGAGUUGGCCUCCGUCGAUGCAGCUACGAAGGAGAAUAUGGACAACCUUGUAAAAGUAGGUGAGGACUUGCUCAAGAAAACUGUUACUCGCAUUAAUCUGGACACCGGUCUAUAUGAACCAAUUGAAAAUGGAGGCACCAAUGAGGAAGCUCUGCGAAGGUUUGCGAAACUACUCUCGGAUGAAAAGAAAGUGAGAGAGUCAAAAUCCCCACAGGCCAAAGCUUCUGCUUAGCGUUUGAUAUUUACUUUGUAAAUCAAAUUUGUUUCUGACCGUUGAGACAUUUUAUUUUUUACUUAUUAUUUCAAUAGUUUGUCGAUUUGCAAGAUCCAAUAAGAGCUAUUAUUACUGUA